AUGGCGAAUGCUCCGCUGGUGUCCAAGUCGGCUGCACCGAUGUCGAAGGCGUUCAUUGGCAAACCUGCCCCUGACUUCGCUGUGAAGGCUGUGCUCGAUGGUGACUUUGUUGAUGUAAAACUCUCUGAUUACAAAGGGAAAUACGUCGUCCUUUUCUUCUAUCCUUUGGACUUCACUUUUGUGUGUCCAACGGAAAUCAUAGCAUUCUCUGACCGAGUUGCCGAAUUCAAGAACCUGAAUGUGGCAGUCCUUGCUUGUUCAACUGACUCUGUCUUCUCACAUCUUGCUUGGGUAAACACGCCUCGCAAACAUGGAGGAUUGGGUGAGAUGAAGAUCCCUAUUCUUGCUGACACCAACCACCAAAUUGCCAAGGAUUAUGGUGUGCUGAAGGAGGACGAGGGCAUCGCUUACAGAGGUCUAUUCAUUAUCGAUCCUAAGGGAAUCCUUCGACAGAUCACUGUCAAUGAUCUUCCAGUAGGACGUUCGGUUGAUGAGACCCUCCGCCUUGUGCAGGCAUUCCAGUACACUGACAAGCAUGGUGAAGUUUGCCCUGCUGGCUGGACCCCUGGAAAAGAUACCAUCAAGCCAGGAGUGAAGGACAGCAAGGAGUACUUCAACAAAGCAAACUAA